UGUUCCAGUUGAGGCUGUAAACCGGAAGCUUCCAAAGUCGAGCUUCACCUCCACUAUCAAUUACCAAACCUAAAUCCCCCCACCAUUGUGCAUUAAGCGGGUGUUGUUAUGACUUCUAACUUCAAGAAAUUACGCCACUUACCUUUAAUUGUUCAUAUCGUCAUCCUCUAACAGCAACUAACUGUAUUUGUUGAGGCUAACUAUCUGUGAUGAUAUGGCGAGGGCUACGAGCUCCGAAGGGGCGCUCCGAGUGAGCAGAAGUUACAGGGAAACUGGUCGCAAGAGGCACCGAAUUCCAAGCUCAGUACAUAUCCCUUUUGAGAGUUCCUUACAUCUCACCGUGCCCAACGAAGAUCAUCAUAUGGAAGAUGAACCUCCCGACGAUGACGAUGAUGACAACGACACUACCGAUUCCGACGAAAGCGACCAGGAGAAUGAUGCCUUCUUGGAAGAGAACGCUUUCCUAUUCGAAGAACCUCCCGGAAUUAAUGACGGACCCGUGAUAGUAGAUAUGAUGACGCCACAAGGAGUAUUAGCUGCCGGAUUAGGUGCUGGUUUCUUUGAAGGCGGCGUGUUGGAACUGGAUAUUCCUGACCCCGAUGAAGAAGAAGAUGACCAAGAUGAGACCAAUGAGGCUGAUGAGGCCGAUGAUGCGAUGGAGGGGGAGGGCCCACCGCAGGUUGCGACAUGGAGGAUGAAUCUCACGGCGUUAUCACAGGUCUACAAUAUUUACAUGGUAGCAUACAGAGACAAGAUCUAUGUCUCCCGGCCCCGUAGCUGCGUUACCAAUGCCCUACCUGUUGAACCUGACCUUAUUUUGCAACCCGAAGCGAGUACGAUGGGAAUUUCUAUCGGUGGUUACCUAGAUGAUAACUUUCCGCACCAGGUCAAUCAUCUUAUCGUUCGCGACUUCGGAAACGAGGAAAUUCUACUACUUGCCUACGACGACGGCGACGUCAUAGGCUACUAUACUCGUCAUAUCGAGAAUGAGCUUCUACGCCGUGAGAAGGAAGGUCGAAACAAUAAGUCUGUUCCUAACCCCUUCUUCCACGAAAACGUCGAAAAGAGCGCCUGGGGAUUGGCAGUUCACAAGCAAUCUCGUAUCAUCGCUGCCAGUUCUAACACCCACAAUGUUUCUGUCUUCGUUUUUGCCUUGACCGGCCAUCCAUAUCGACACACUCCUGAGGCUGAUGAGAUCGAACUCUUCAGAAAUGUUGUUAAAGAUGACCAUGGCGAAUUCGUGGACCCGAGAAGAUAUUCAUUCCCGGACUGUGACGCUGAACACGUCUCGAAUGGUUCGAAGAUCGCUGCACUGGAAAGUGCAAUCCGACGUCGAGAUGCCAAUUGGCGUAUUGUCCUUGAGACCGGUCGCUUAGGGGUUAAUAUCCCGAACAUUGAUUUCAGUAGCGAUGCGGAUGGAGAGGCAGAUAAGGUCGUGGCAGUAGACAUCAACGGACGACUCUGGUUGAUGGAUAUUUGGUCCUUUAAUCAUCACCCCCAUGUCAAAAUUGAUGGUCUUCAUCUAGGUCAACCUCGUCUUAGGCACCAAGGAGCUACCCUUAAUUCACAUAAACCUAGGGGGUGGGGCGUACUUGUGUUGCCUGAAAGCAGUUUUCUUCCGAUGAAGAACAAGGAGGAAGCGAUCGGCAUGGCGUUGGACGACGCCAGAUACGUCUCGAACGACAAAGUCGGCCGUUGGGUGGAUAUUAGCCUAGGCAUUAAGAAUGUGGAAAACAAUUCAAGGGUACAUCCAUGGGUUAGAUGGGGACAUCAUACACAAUUCGCCUUCAACCCCCUCGAGCCUAGGAGGGUCCAGCUCGAGGUACCAUGGUGUGAUUUUGGUAGCUCUACAUCGCCUCCUUCAAAGAAGGACGCCAUGGGAGACAAAAUGUCACGUCAUGAGCGCGAAUCUCGUACAACUUUUAAACCUCAGCCGAAAUUAAGGACUGUCCUAAGGGAUGGAAGCAGUAUCAUGCGUACGUACGAAAUGGAUAUCGAACUUCGCAGCUUCGAGGAAGAAGGUAGAGGCAUCAUGUUUGAGAAAGUUAUCGAUCAACUGCGGCCUUCUCAAGCAGUAUUGCCACUGAUGAGAGUAGCACACGAACGUCUAGCAAACCUCAUUCACGUCCCGGAAUUGUCGUUGGUCGUAGCCGCCUCAUUAUGUGGAAGGGUAGCGCUUAUCACCUUGACACGUCCAGAGGAAAAAGGCCUCUCUUUUAAACGUGCAUUCAGGGUUGAAGCGAUUUUACCCACUGCACAUGACGAAGACAGUGACAGACGACCCAUCUGUCCCUUAUUAGGCGUGGCUAUCGGGCCUAUCCCAUUUUCCGGAAGUCCUGAAUUAGCAGACAAGCCUAUUAACGCAAGGCCAUACCGCAUCAUGCUUCAUUUCUACGAUCUCAGCAUCCUGAGCUACGACUUGUCUCGGUGCUCAGCAACGGAUUCUCUCUCUAUUAGCUAAAGACACAAUUUCCCUUCUUCCCUAGACUAUGCUGUCAUGAUACCCAAGGGUUUUGCGUGGUCUAUUUUCAUGGAGGCCGGUAGGCGUUUAGGUUGCAUGAAGAUGACGGAUGGUGGACGAGGCUUCCCAAUCAUCCACGAGCUCGUCCUCGUGAGGCGUUAGGUGAAAUAGGAUUGGAAACAAUGUCAUGAAUGAAAAUGAGUCUUUAAGUCAAUUUCUUUUGCGCUGUUACUAAGCAGCCUGGUUUGAAAUGUAUGGAUGUGACAUGAAAUUCAGUGGCGGCUGACCGUGGGGGAAUCAAACCGAUCCAGCAAGGAUGUUUCCUUCUAGAACAACUCUCCACGGCAAGGAUGGAUAGGUACGUAUGGCGAUAUGUCAGGAACAUGAAUUUGGACCUGCGUUCUCUCUUAGGAUGGCCACUUUUACAUACGUACUAUGUAUGUGUAUGUGUAUCGAUAAGGAGUGAUAACUUACGAGCUGAGCUUUGUCUAUCUUGUGUCUAUGUAGGUAUUUAUGGUUAAAAUAUUCGAGAGUAGAUU